GCCUGUGGCUCAGUGUGCUCUGGGAGCUGGAGGAGGGAGCACACGGCUGUCUGGGCUCUGCUUUUCAGACAGUUGGGAGCAAUUUUUCGAGCGUUUCGCACCUGUUUAUACAGAACUCACGGAGGAAUCCACAUCCUCAUUGUCAUCUGCAAUUAUAUGUGAGACAUCAACAUUCUUCUGUGGCUCGACCAUCCCAGCACAGAGGAACCAAUAUGGAUCUUUAUGGCUACCUCCGCCGACUGCUGGUCCCGUCUGGAGCCACAGACCAGGGGAAUGAGGCUACGGCAGCCACUGGGUGUUGCAGCCCUUCCCUAUCUGGGCCUGCUACUUCAGACACAGCAGUACAAGAGACUACAGUGUCAGCCAGAGAUGGCAACCCACCUGACACAGAGUCUUCUGGUCCAGGAGUGAAUAUGGGGCUUUUGGACCAUCUAUACCGAAGACUUACUCACACUAUUGGAUGGACACCUUUCCAAACGGACAGGACAAAUCUGGACUCCAGCCAGCCAGGCCCCACUGACUCUUCUGUCCCAGGCACCAAGCGAAAGGCCUAUUUGUCACCCAGGGGACAGCUCGCCCCAAUCAGCAAGGCGGAGGAGGAGGAGGACAGGCCAAGGAAGACCAGAGGCCUUGCUUGCGUGAGGGACAUGGAUGAGGCUGCCCUGAGGAAGGACAUUGGCACCCUCUUCCCAGCACUCCACUCCAUGGUGUGUCAUCUCCCCAGAGAGCACCUGGAGGAGCGGAGAGAGGCCCUGGACUCUCUAGUCCAUCUGGCUCGCUUGUUCCUGGUGGAGCUGCUUGUAUUCCUGUUCAGGAGGCUGAACAGGGACGAGGAAGAGGAGACCUGUGCCAGUCUCUGCAUUCUGGACCAGAUAGUCCGAUCCAACAUUUCGGAAAUGACACAGCACACAGAGCAGCUGUUCAUAGCCCUGGGGCCAAUCCUGCAGUGCACAAGCAUACGGGUCAGAGAAGCCCUUGCUUAUUUGAUACGCACAAUGGGGGCGCAUGGGCUCUUGGAGAAACCUGAUUCAAGACCCUUAAUUGACUUCUUGGUGUGUCAGUGCACCCUGCCCCUCGACAGCAUGGAGGCAGCAGACGGGAGGCACACCAUGGAGCUCGAGGUCCGCCAGCUCUGCUCCAGCACCCUGCAGUCCCUGGGUGAUUCCCCCAGAAUGGCCAAUGUUUUAUGGCCUGGGCUGCUCCUUCAGCUGAGCCCAGCAGCCCAUGGGCCAGCCCUGCCUCUCCUCCUGCAGACCUCGGUCGGGGUGGUAAAGAGGCUGCAGGAGGAAGGCAGUCUGCCCUUGGCCAGGUGCGGCAAGGCGAACAGAGGGUGUCGGUUAAGCCCCAGGGCCACUCUACCCCAGGAGCUGCUGGCUCGGCUGCUGGUGCUCGGUGCGUCUUCAUGCAUGACGGUGCAGGUCAGAAGGGCAGCCAUGUUCCUCCUCUUCCAGCUGAUGAGCAUGUUCCAGGCCGGCUCAGGCCGAUUCUGGAAUAACUACAUGACCGAAAUGCUCCUCUACGUGGAAGAUCACAAGACCUGCUUCUGCCAGAGGGAGUGGGAGCAGCAGCUGCUGCAGUUCCUGGAAGACCUUCUCUUCCUCAUCUCAGACCAUACCUGGCUGGGCUGUUUCAUCACCAGUAUCAGGCGCCAGCUGGCCCACAGCGAUAAGCGGCCCAGUGACAAGAGCUUUCUCUACAAGUGCUGGGGCACCGGGCUGAUGUUAUCUCCAGCAGAGAGCAUCAAGCCCCAGCUAUGGCGCCUGCUGGAGCUGGUCAAUUUCAGAGAUGAAGAGGAAAGAGAGGGAUUCGCCCGAGCGCUUGGGCUGUGUGCCAGGCAACACCUCUAUGAGAUUUUUGCCAUCCUGGAGCACUGGGAAGAGGUCGUCAGCAGGGUGCAGCUCCAGCCUUCUGCUGCUGGCUCUCUGGAGGAGCCAGCUUCCAUCGAGCAGCUGAGAAGCCUCCUGCUCCUCACCUAUGGGCACGUGGUCCACUCAGGCCUCACAGACGACAUCCUAGAGACCAUAGGAUACAAGAUCCUGUCUCCCAUGCGGAAACACUAUUUUCUGAGCCCACAUGACCCGCUGGUGAGAUCUGCGUUUGUGAGAAGCCUCGUGCUGGUGGGUGAAGCUGUCACCCAAGUGAGCAGGAUUCCCUUGGUUAGCCAGGACACAUACACCGUGCUGUCCCCCGUGCUGGAGAUUCUCAGAGGCAAGGACCGGGCCCGGCUGCAGAGCCCCGACCACAAGUGUGCCCUGCUGGCCAUCUCAUACAUAGGGAAAUUCCAGCCUCACCUGUCUAAGGAGCAGGUGGCUGAGACCAUCAGCACUUGUGUCACCAGCGCCAUGAUUCAGCGUCCAACCCUGGCGAAGCUGAGAGGGACUGAGGUGGCAGAAAGCUCCGCUAUCCGGGCAGAGUCUCUCCAAGAACUGCCCUGGGAGGGCCUGGAUCAUGUGCUGCAGACAUUCCUGGAACAGCACCUGACCCCCACCACGCUACUGCAUCUGUUUCUGCACUUGCAGCCAUGGAUCUGCUCCCCCCGGGCCCAGGAGAGGACCCGAGCUGUGAGAGCCAGCGCCCGGCUCUUCAUGUUUUAUCGAUUCAAGGCCAUCACCGAGGACCUGAAACCCAUGGCGGAGCAGGGCUACAUGGCCGGGCUGCUGACAAGCCAGGCCUUCGAUGCUGAGGAGACCACCCGAUACUGGACAUCUCAGGCUCUCUACUGGCUCUUCACGCCUUGCAAAGCCGUCGUGUACAACAAGACAGGGGCGGUGGUGACCGUGCUGAGCAAGGCGCAGAAGGAUGCCAGCUGCAGAGAGAGCCCUGCCUAUGUUGCUAUGCUCAUCGCGGAACAUCUGCAGUCCCGUGACCUCAUGCCCUUCAGCUUCACCCUGCUGGUGGGCCUGCUGGAGAAGGGGGAGUGUGCUGAGCAGCUGGCGGGCGUCAUGGAGGCGGUGCUGAGACAGCAAAAAUCAGAGCUACAGGGCCAAGUGCAGGAUCUCCAAGCCGCUCUUUCCUACACACUGAGCCCACCCCGGGGGGGGCGGCUGAGUGAUGGGACAAGAGACAUCCUCCACCUACUGGCCAGGCAGCACACCAAGACCGCGGUCAGCAUCCUCCUGAAGAUGCCCUGGCCUUACAAACACCACAUCAAGGCCAUCUGGAGGUUCCUGGGUGCAGACCCCAUGCUGACCAGGGAGGUACUGCACAUCCUGCUGGACGACAGCCCGGAGAAGGGCUGGGCUAACCCUGGACAGACCCAGGACAGGAGCUGCCCCCAGCCAGCCCGGCUGCCCCCGGCGACCACAUACGGCCUGUGGGAGCUGAUCGGGGCCUUGGGGCAAGGGGACACCCUGGAGGGACGCGAGGACGACCUGUUCGCCUCUUGCUUCCUCGCCAUCGCCUGCCCCCCGGCACAACACCUCUUAGGAGUCCAGCAGGACCGGCCCAGUGACACCAGUCCACGCAGCAUGGCCGUGCAGGCCCUGGCGCGGGUGCUGCGCCUCAGGGGCAGUCAGCCAGCUGUGGAACUAAUGGACCAGGAGCAAGGCUGGCAGCUGCUGGAGGAGGCUCAGCCCGAGGGGUUCACUCUCCUUAGCAGAGCCAUAGUGAGCCACCCAAACCUGGCCCUGAAGAGCAUCCCACAGCUUCUCCUUCCCAGCCUCCAGGCCAGCCACGAAGGCGAACGCAUGGCCUGCACCGCCCUGUUUGCAGAGUUCCUCGGCAGCCCCCUGCUGAUGGAGAAUGAGCCCAAGGCCAUGCGGAAGCAGGUGCUGAAGGCCAUGCUGCAGCAGACAGAAGACGGCAACAUCCACAUUCGUGGCAGAGCGCUGCAUGGCCUUAGAAAUGUAGUGACCACGUUCCCGGACAAGGUUAGGAAGAAGAGAGACCAGAUUCUGGCGAGCUUUGUCCACGGCGUAUGCCAAUCCUGCGACCCCUGCGCCAUUCUGGACGCGACGGAAGGGCUCUGCUGGAUGCUGCGGGAUCCCAAGGCGCCUCUGAAGGCGCAUGUUGCCGUUCCGCUGGCCAUGCAGGCGAGAACAUUCUUUGAGGAUGAGAACAGCAGCCUGAGGCGGGCCUCCAUAGAGCUCUUUGGCCAGCUCACCAAAUUUGUUUCCAAGAGGUCAUCCCGCUUCGAGGCUGAGGUGGAGAAGAGCAUGGGGACGCUGCUCAUCCACCUACAAGACGGGGACCCCCAGGUUGCCCAGGCGUGCAGGGUGGCAUUGCUGCACUGCGCACCCUUCCUGAGCUACCAGCCCCUGCGCACACUCGUGCGGAGCCAGCUGGCCGAGGGAGCGGCCCCCGACAUCCCCACCUUCCUGAGCGAAGCCUGCAGGACCCUGCUCCAGGACUGCCCAGGGAGGCUGAGCAAGAAGGCUGCCCUGAGAGCAGCAGCUGCCCAACAGCUGAUCGAUUCUCUGCCACCCAACUGGGAAAAGUCUCCAUGUGUGUCAAAGACAGGAGAGCUUACGGUCCGAAACAUCAAAUUCCUGGAAGCUGAGAGUGAGAAGUUUGAAAGCACCCCUUGGGGAACCUACUCUGAUUACCAGACAAUGGCAGGAUUAACUGCCUCAAGUACCAUGUCACUAAUCCAGCAUGCCAGGGACAUCACAGCGUGCAAAGGCAAACCCGGUGGUUUAUGAGCAGCUGUUUUGCUUGACAUAGAUACAGAAUUCUAGUUUUGCCUGGGAGGGGAAGGAAUACGAGAUUCUUUGAAAGCGCUGCAGCUUUAAGCACCAGAGAGGCAAAAGGCACCUCAGAUUUUCAGCCUUCAGUAAAAUGUGGCAGCCCUUACAGAGACAAGCAAGAAACUGCCUGGAGACACAGAAUGGCUCCCCUGAAGUUACAAACCUUUGCUGACCUGUCACCACCUGCUGGCGAAGGAAGCUGCACACCAUUCACUGCUCCUGGUCUGGCCACACAAACACGCUUGGCAGCAUCCCUGAGUCAAGACAGCACUCGCCAGAUGUUCUGGCUCCCUUGAAAGUACUGCAAGGGCCCAGCUUUACAGACAUGCAUGUGGGGCAGUGACCCAGGACAGGCAAAUCUGGGGUUCAACAGCCUCCAAACUCAAAGAACGGGAGGAGAAGGACGAAUGACUCUGUCUGUAUUCAGUGCUCCUUAGCAUGUGGCUUUGGAUGCCCAAUGACAGCUGGUUGAGCUUUUCUGGUAGUUCCACCUGUGUAUUUAUACAACCCAGUUACCUCAUGGGGCUUCCUCACCCAACGGGAAGAGACAGAAAGCAGGGAAGAAAAACUAUUAAACUGUUCCGCAAAAUACUGAACCAUAUAAAGUGCAAUGUUACCAUUGAGGAUAAAAAAAUUCAACGUUCACAUCAGGGUGGCUGGGUGUUUAGUGGCCUUAAACACCAUGACUGUGUAUGUGAUAGACCUCAACCUCGAAGCACUGGAUGUAGGCAAAGGGAGUGCUGAAGACAGCUCUAAAUCAACAAAGAAUCAGGCUAAAGACAACUGUUAAUGUGUUAAGGAACCAAAAAGGAUUGAUUUGUUAUUUAACAGCCCUGCUGCUAACAAGACGGAGGUGGGGAUUUUUUUUUGACAUUUCCACUGGCUGGGAAAUUGUAUUAUCCCAUUUUCCAGUCUGAUUCAAGACUGCCGAUUUCCUGUAAAAACUGAAAUUAAGAACUUAACUCAAGGGAUGGGUCAACCCCUUCCCCCAGCAGCUUUAGUGGAACUGAAGUUUACAGGGCUGAUGAUAACUCCCUUUGGUAAACAGUGUAAUAAAUGUCUCCAUAGGUCUGUUUGUAGGUACUAUCUCUCAAGCCACCUGGUACUAUGGUACUCAAGAAGCUGGUACAGUUAUGCUAGCACAUCAAGCAUACUUCCUUUAAUCAAAAAAAAUUGACAAUAUGUACAUUUAUUUACAAAAAGGAAGGGGAACAUGUUAAAAUUGUGUUGUUUCUGCUGUGUGUGCAUAUGUGUGUGAAAAGCUGGUGCAUGGCACUAGGAGAGACCAGUAAAGAAGCAGGUACAAAACAAUCCCACUGGCACUAGAAAGGACAGACCAAUCUGAACUGGUUGAAUCAGGAGUUGACUCAGAAGUCCAGCAGGGUGAAGGAGGGAGGAGUCACGGGUCAGAUCCAGGAGACGGUGUUCUCGACAGCCGGACUGCAGAGCUGGGUGACCCCGGGUGAGAUCCUGGCAAACCUGCAGCAACCUAACAGAGGAGAAUCCAGUUGUGAUAGGCACCUCUGGGUUUCACGACAUAUCUGAGCAUGUAACUUUAAAUGCACCACUCUGGUUAGGAUGUAUGCAACAUCCAGUUCUCUUCCCUUGAAGCUCAGGCCAUUGAGGAGUCUCAAAACUGCUGGUGCGUACGAGUUAGCUGCAUUUCCCUAAGAUCACUCAGUUCUGAAAAGGUUCUGAAAACCUGUGUAUUUAUACAACCCAGUUACCUCAUGGGGCUUCCUCACCCAACGGGAAGAGACAGAAAGCAGGGAAGAAAAACUAUUAAACUGUUCCGCAAAAUACUGAGCCAUAUAAAGUGUAAUGUUACCACUGAGGCUAAAAAAAUUCAACGUUCACAUCAGGGUGGCUGGGUGUUUAGUGGCCUUAAACACCAUGACUGUGUAUGUGAUAGACCUCAACCUCGAAGCACUGGAUGUAGGCAAAGGGAGUGCUGAAGACAGCUCUAAAUCAACAAAGAAUCAGGCUAAAGAGAACUGUUAAUUUGUUAAGGAACCAACAAAUAUUUACACCUAAAGUAUAUGUGACAUUGUCCCACACUUUUACUCAGCUUGUUCCAUAGAUGAUGUAUGGUACACCUGUCAUUCUUUUGAGUAUAAAGGUAAACUACUCAGUUACUAGAUCUUCAGUUUAAUCAAGUCAGAAGACUGCAGCAUCAGUUGGAACUUAUCCUGGCAGCUUUUUGCUUCUGCUAUAAGUUGGGGACUUAUGAGUUGGAAGUGACAGAGGAGGAGAAAGACCUGGGUGUAUUGGUUGAUCACAGGAUAACUAUGAGCUGCCAAUGUGAUGCAGCUGUGAAAAAACAUGUUUCUGUUGAAGAUAAUGUGUGACUUGUGCAAAACUGUUCAUGACAGUGUUUAAUGUGCUGUCACCUCCAAAGAGCUCCCUUUCAAGCCAUGAUGUGGAAUCAGGCAAAUUGCAACAACCCCACACUACCCUCCCCAGAGAAGAUGGAUUGGACCAACCACAGUGGAAAACUGGAACCCAAGCUAUGGUCACUGGAGCCAAUCCCCACAAGCUGUGCAGAAAUUGUUACCUGUGUGGAUAUGUCAGAAAUUCCACAUUGGCAUAUACUGGGGCCUGUAAAUGCAAAGGGUGCAUUGGCACAUGUAGGAACCAUUAAAUUCUGCUUAUCUAA